AUGCCUGUACUGACAAGAAAGUCCAAGAAGAUGUCCAACUUGAUACAUAAUCAUUCUUCAUCUUCGAUUCCACCAUCAUCCCCAUCAUCACCUUUGUCACCGACACGUACAAGUAGUUUUUAUAAUUUAUGGGAUAGUCUAAUGCUUAAACUUAAAUCUCCCAAAGAUUCCUCCAACAAUAAUAAUAGUAAUAAUAGUAAUAGUAAUAGAUCAACGGCACCAGCUGGUGGACUCCUACAUCACACUACAAGUGUUGAAUCAGGUCUUGGCGUAGACUCGCCGCGAAAUUCCCCGCCUGCCACUCCCAAACUUUCGCGAACCAACACAUUGCGCAACAAAUUUAUGUCCUCGCCAUCCAGUUUCUUCAACUUUAGCCAUCCAAGCAACAACAAUAUCAGCAGUAGUUGUAGUAGUAGCAGUAGCAGCAGCAGCAAUAACUUAUGGAACAAAUCCAUUAUCACGUACAACAACAAUAAUAAUAGUGAUAGCACAGAGUUUGACGACUCGGAGAUGCUGGCGGAUGAGGAGUUGAAUGGUGCUGGCGCAUCAUCAUUCCCAUUGAGACAACUGCCAGAAGAGUUGCUGAUAAAGGUCGCCCAGGAUUUCUCCCUCGGCAUGCUUUUCCAUGUGAGCUUGGUGUCUCGCGACUUUUACCGCCUGAUGCAGGACGUUGGAUUGUGGAAACACAAGGUGGAGAACAAGUGGACGCCAACUGCCAACAGUAGCUCAAUGUUGCUAAAGUGCGUGACGGAGUUUAGGUGGCAGAGCUACUACCAUUUGCGCGACGCAAUGUCCCGCCGCCACGCCAUCGCAUCGACGACGAUACGUCCGCGCGGCACCGUACCCUCAGCACGCUACCAGCACACUGGAACUGCGGUCGGCUCCACCAUCUAUUACAUUGGCGGACAAGAGACUCAACUGCGCCGCUUCAACGAUAUCUACAGCUUCAACACCGAGACCCACCGCUUUGCCAGAGUUGAGGUGCAUGGAAACGUGCCCAAGUUUGCCCGCCACACAGCCGUCGCGUUUGGCCACCGUAUCUUUGUGUUUGGUGGCUUUGAUGGUUCGGGUAUCUACUUUGAUCUGGCCAUCUUUGACACGGAUCAGGGUAUCUGGUACAAUCCCAUCGUGCACGGCAACCCUCCCCGCUCAAGAACCAACCAUGGAUCGGCCGUGAUUGGAAACAAGUUCUAUGUGUUUGGCGGCAUCAAUCGAGAUAGACGCUGGGAGCUACAGGACCUGGACGAGUUCUACGUGUUUGACACGGACACCAUGACCUGGAGUGAGGUGGAGUGCACUGGCGACAAACCAUCACCGCGAUGUGGACAUCGAUUAGUUUCGAUUGGACAUCAACUCUAUUUGUUUGGCGGUGGUGCUGGCGACUCAUGGCGCGAGCGCUUCAACGACAUACAUAUAUUCAACACCGAGACGAGCUCAUGGCGUCGCGUACCCUCGACAAUAGUGCGUGUCUGUACUUUCUGCAGCGUCUUUGUUGUGGGCACACUUGUGGCGGUGUUUGGCGGCCAACAUCUAAUCAAGGGCAAGGUGACACGCAAGCUCUACUUCUUCGACACGAUCUCGGAGAGUUGGCACAAGCAGGAGUUCUCGCAGGGUGGACCGAACCCGCGCGACAUGGCCAGCACCGAAGUUGUAGGCGACAGAAUCUAUAUGUUUGGCGGCUACGAUGGUCGUGCCAUGGACGACAUGAACGUCAUCACUCUCUCCAGCGAGCUUCGCACCCUACUAGGACAUUUCAAGACUCCUCUCGGCGUCGCCAAUCACUCCUAUUCAGAGCUCACUAAUAAACAAGAU